AUGCAAUUUAACAAGGCUUUAGAAAGUUUGAGAGCAGAGAUGAAACAAAUGAGAAAAGAUAUAGAAAUUUAUGUUGCUCCAAAAUUGAUUAUAACUCCAACACCAAUCAUAAAUACAACUCAACCACCACUUAAAACUACAUUACAACAACCCAUUAAACAUAAACGCAAUUUCACUGAAGUAACCCCAUCAUCAUCUUCUGAUACACAAGAUUCAGAAACUGAACAAAUACCUUCACCUAAGCAAUUAUUAGCAAGACAAGAUAAUUUAGAAAAUCAAAUUGAAAAACAAGCUAAUAUUUUGCAUCGAAUCUACAAUUUCAUGAAUUCUGGUUCACCCACAGAAAAGAACCUUCAAAAACAGUUCAAGGGUUUAGUAUGA